AUGCAGACCCUACCGAACUUGCAGAUAAGCCUGGGGGAAAUAACUGAAUCUUUGAAGGCAAUUAAAGGCUUAACACAAGACAUAAGUAACAUAAGGAAAGAUCUAUGGGAGGAAGAUGGAUUUGAUUUUCGCAUAUCUCAUGUUGCUCAACAACAGGAGGAGAACAUCGACAAUAUUCAGAUGCUUCAGGAGGAAAACAAAAUGUUGAGAGAUGAUGUCAACAUGUUAAAAUCAGUUGUCAUUAAUUUAGACAGAACAGUCAGAAAACAGCAAUCUGAAAUUACAGAUUUAAAGUCACGGUCAAUGAAUCAGAAUAUUCUUAUUCACAAUCUACCAGAAGAAGAAAAUGAGGAAAAUUUAUUUGAGAAAAUUCCACAUCUCAUAAAGCAGCAUUUUGGAGUGGACACUUCCUUCUCAAACAUUCAUAGAAAUGGGCCAAAAACUUCAGGGAAAAAUCGAAUUAUCACUGGCAGACUUUCAAAAUUCAGUGAUAAAGAAAAAAUUCUCCAAGCGCAAAGAGAAUUGAACAAAAGAGAGCGUGAAGCGUCUGACCAGCCGGAUCAAACCGCAGAACCACAGUCAUCCGAAAGAACCUUUUACGUCACGCCACAGAGACCAAUAGGCAGUUGCGGAAAACCGAAAGAAACUUCAGGAAAUAAAUGA